AUGCCUCAAACCUAUGCGGCUGCACCUGCUCCUGUGACUGCAACCUACACUGCACCUCCAGUGUACCUCACAGCUCCGGCUGUCACCACAGAGAUGGCUCCACCAACGUAUGCGGCUGCACCUGCCCCUGUGACUGCUACCAUCACUGCCCCACCAGUGUACGUCACAGCCCCCGCUGUCACCACAGAAGCUGCACCAGCAACAUACUCAGCCCCUGCUCCUGUGACUGCAACCUACACUGCACCUCCAGUGUACCUCACCACUCCUGCUGUCACCACUGAGCCUGCACCUGCCAUGGAGCCUCCGGUGACCUAUGGUGCUCCAGUGACCGCAUACACCGCCGAACCACAGCCUGUUCCUGUGACAGCCACCUACACUGCGCCCCCAGUGUACGUGACAGCUCCUGCAGUCACCACAGAAACUAUGCCUGCCAUGACCAGCUCAGCGGCCGUGCCUCAAACUAUCUCUUCUGCAUCUGCCUUGCAGCCGAUGACCUACGCAGCCCAGCCAAUCAUGAGCUAUUCUGCUCCUAUCCAACAGCCAAUGGUUUACGCUGCUCCUGCUGCAGCCCCCGAACAGCCGAUGAUUUACGCUGCUCCUGCUGCUGUCCCUGAACCAGCGCCAGCACCCCAGCAGCCCAUGAUCUACGCGGCUCCAGCUGCAGCCCCUGAGCCAAUUCCAGCACCCCAGCAGCCAAUGAUCUAUGCUGCUCCUGCUGCGGCCGCUGAACCAGCGCCGCAGGCAGGUAUGAUCUAUGCGGCCCCUGCAUCGGCACAGCCAAUCUACACCACUGGUGCCUCUGCUUCAGCAGCACAGCCGAUUUACACGGCUGCACCACAAUACAUUGAAGCUGCGCCUAUCACAACCACCGGAGGCUCCGCUGCUGCAGCUCAACCAGUGAUGUACGCAGCCCCAGAGACUCAGUAUGCUGCUGCUCCGAUUCAGUACUCUGCACCAAUUCAGUACUCCGCACCGAUUCAGUACGCUGCUCCAACAGAGACGUUGCAGUAUGCCGCCGCCGCCCCUGCAGUGUACACCGGAACAGUGCAGUACGGAGCCCCUCAGACGGUUGCUCCUAUGUACUCUGGUGCAGUGCAGUACUCAAAUGCCCCGAUGGUGUACUCAUCUGCUCCAGUGCAAUAUGCCGCGGCUCCUGGAACCGUAGAUGCUUUCGCGCAG